CAUGGAAGGAUAUGGCGAUCUCGAAAUUGCUACACAAGCUAUCGUAUCUAUAGCGUUGUAUUGAUUUUUGAGAGGGAUGCCGCAUUCAUCCAUUCGACGAUACUGUCAAGGAACACGUCUUUUUUCUGAAAAAAGGCUUAAUAUAUUCUCUCGAGGUUCUAGUUUCAUACCAGAUACCUUUAUACACACUGGCAGAGCCCAGAGACCGAAAAUGACACUUUUUUGUCCAAAACUAGCUUCGCGUAUAAACUGCCCCCACCAUGAUUUUCAACACGAGCGCAAAUGGUUUAGUGGUAAAAUCCAACGUUGCCAUCGUUGGGCCCCCGGUUCGAUUCCGGGUUUGCGCAUUUCUUUUUGCCUCAGCUCGGGCUGAUCUCGCCAGCCUGUCUGGCAUGAUCGACAUGCCAGAGCUCUCCUAUUGGCGUCGCACCCUCGAGGUUUCCCCCGCCUCCUCAUCUCUUUGUAUUCCUCAACUACCCAAAAAAAGAAACUCAAUCUCAGCUCCACAAAGACUCGACACAACCACGAGUCGGCCUGCCACACACCUCCUCCCGCAAACCUCCAUCUGUUCUCUACCUGUUAGUCACCCACCAGGCACUUCCAGCACCCGUACUACCAUACUCUGCUUCCCAGUCACGUUUUGGGUCUUCUCGCAUCACGUUAUCACUCCUACGCAGACGUUAUUAGUAACCCGCAAGCAGGACAAUUUACCACCCUCACCACAAUAACCACAACAUUUAUACUUGCAAGUAUCGCCAAAACCACGCCUGCUCGUGCCAUCGGACCACACUUGUUCACACCCAGCCAGUAGCCCACCACCGCUACCACCACAGCCACCAGUCCACUUACUUACCACCAGUCGGUUAGUAAGCAUCACCAGCCAUCAUCUGACCAGCGUAGCUAGCCAGUGACUGCCCAGUC